GUGCGCGGGCAGGUCACAUGACGCCUGUCACCUGAGCGCUGCUCCAGUAUGGCGCCCUCGGCUGUCUAGAGACUCGGAGAAGUCAUGUAGAGCUGCUCCCUGCUUCGUCCUCCGCACACUGAUCGGCGCUGCUCUCAGCUGUGUGCUCCGCUGUAGAAGCCAUGAACGGCCCCGUGAGCGCUGGGCCGGAGGAGCUGGUGUGGGAGAGACCGUGGUCCCUGGAGGAGAUCGGAAGGAGCAGCCAGAACUGGUCACUGGCGGCCGAUGCUGGGCUCCUGCAUUUUCUCCAAGAGUUCUCCCACCAAACCAUCUCUAGAACACAUGAAAUCGAGAAGCAGCUGGAUGGACUUGUCCAUGAAGCAAAGACCUCCGAGUGCCGGCUGCACAACAUCUUCAACGAUUUCCUCAUGUUAUCUAACACUCAGUUUAUAGAGAAUAGGGUGUAUGAUGAAGAAGUGGAGGAACAUGUUGUAAAAUCUGAUGCAGUAGAGAAACCAGAACCGGAGAAAACCCGGGAGCAGAAGGAAGUAGAACUGAUCCCAAAAAUCCAAGAAGCUGUAAAUUAUGGAUUACAAGUUCUGGAAACGGCAUUUGAACAACUUGACAUCAAGGCAGGAAACUCUGAUUCUGAAGAUGAGGAAGUCAAUGAAAGGGUUGAACUUAUUCUGGAGCCAAAGGAUUUAUACAUAGACCGCCCUUUACCUUAUUUAAUCGGCUCUCAGCUAUUCAUGCAGCAAGAGGAUGUAGGUCUUGGGGACCUUUCAAGUGAAGAAGGGUCUGUGGAUAAUGAUCGGGGCAGUGUAAUUGACAGUGAGAAGGAAGACGACAAAGAUAACGAGGAGGUAAAGGAUUCAGAAGAGGAUUUUGGCAACAACUCUGAGGAAGAAGGGAAAUCACACCACCCAGCUCUGAGUGACGAGGAUGAGGAUAAUGGUUCAGACCUGUUUGGCGAUUCCGACAAGGAGGAUGAGGAGGAAAAUGAUAAAUCUAUCAAGACGAGAACAAGAUCCUUUGCUGAUGAAUUAGCAGCACGCAUACAAUCAGAAAUUCCAAAACGGCAGGAGACAGAUCAGCCCUCUAUAUCAUCUAUUGAAGUCAAAAGCAAAAAAGAGAAGGAGACUAGAGAAGUGCGGAAUCUUCCCUCUGAUGACGAAGAGGAUGAUAUUUUUAAGCCUCCCAAACUUACAGAUGAAGAUUUCUUCGGCAAUAAAGGAGGACUGUUCAGUGGAGGCAAGGGGCUUUUUGAUGAUGACGAUGAAGAUGAUGGAGGAGAGGGCGACCUGUUCUCUGAUGUCCAGAAGAAGGAGCCCAGGAUGGCAGAAGCAGCUCCUGUAGCAAGACCAGAAACCUUCCCAUCAGAUGUGAAAAAGAAACCGCCCUAUGGAGGAGUUUCCCUUUUCCCAGGAGGGGAGAAUGUGAUCAGCUCGUCCGUGUUGUCCGAGAAGGAGAAAAGAAAACCGCCCACACCGAAUAUUGCCCCAAAACCUUCAGCCAGUGCCGAUCUGUUUGAUGAUGAUGACGUUAUCUUUGGAGCAGCUCCAACCCCACCUUCAGGAAAAGCCAAGCCGGCCUCAGAUCUGUUUGCUGAUGAAGAUGACUUAUUUGAUAACCGCAGUUCAAUCAGUUCUGCAGCAGUUAAAUCAAAAGAGACCGAGGCGUCGACACACAAGACACUGGAGAAAAAGAGCCUACCGAUCCCUGCCGAAAAAACUCAGCCUUCUGAACCACCAAUCAAAAAGCAAACCAAGGGUCUCUUCUCCGAUGAGGAAGAUUCUGAGUCAGAUUUGUUUUCACCAAGUCAAGCUGGCAGCAAGCCUAAAACAGCAAGUGCGCCAGCGACCAGGAUCGGUAAAUCCUUAUCGCUGUUCGAUGAUGAAGACGAUGAUAUUUUUGGUUCAGUACCAGAAAAAGCGGUAUCAAGUGCUGCCUCCAAGCCAGUGCAAAAAUCUACCAUACCAGCAGAAGUGAAGAAUCUAAAAUCUGGCUUUUUUAGUAGUGAUGAGGAGGAUCUUGUCACUCAACCUGCCAGCAUAAAACCAACUGAGAAAAGCAAAAAAGAUGCAGCUGUUCCUCCAAAGCCCAAGAAGGAGGAGAAGAGUGAGCAGAAACGUAGCCUGUUUGAUGAUGACGAUGAUCUUUUUGCAAUUACAAAAGAGAGUCAGAAGACUCAUCGGGUUUCCCUCUUGUUUGAAGAUGACGUCAGCACUGAAGAGCCUUUGUUUUCAUCCGGAAUAACCAAAACUUUGGAACAGCCAAAGACACCUGUUCCUGUGAAAGAAGAAAAUGGGAAGGCAUCCUUAGCUGAUGAUACAGAUAAGAAAGCCGAACCUAAAGGAAAAGUCCAAGCUGUGGAGGAAACAUUGCCUCCAGUACAAGAUAAUAAUAUGGUAAAACCAGUUCCUUUUGAGGAGUCAGAUGGCGAGGAUUUGUUUGCAUCAUCAUCACCACCACAACCUGCCAAGCAAGCCAGCAAGAUGAAAAGUAAAAACGUACUGAGUCUCUUUGGAGACGAAGAGGAUGACAUGGAAGAUCAGUUUGCCGUUAAUAUUAUACAGCAUGGCACUGUGAAGGACUCUGUGGAUAAAAGCGGUCAGUGGAAGAGCACAGGAGUGUUUCAAGAUGAGGAACUUCUCUUCAGUCAAGAGCUACAGAAGGAUAAUGACCCAGAUGUCGAUCUGUUUGCCAAUAAAAAAUCAUCCGAGAGACCCAAAAGCACCAAACUCUCAACGGGAGCAGGAUUGUUUUGUGAGGAUGACAAUGAGGACCUCUUCAGAUCAGCUAAGCCGAAAAUUCCCCCAAGGGUUCAAGAGAAGAAAAUUGUUAUAAAAAAAGAGAGCAAGGAAACUUCUAAGGAAUCCGGCAGACCAUUGGGAGCUAAUGAGGUGACAAAGACUGAAGAGACGGAGAAAACGACUGACCCAGCACCAAUUAAAACCAAAAGUCCUUCCUCUCGGAUUGGAAAACUCCAAGAAAAUUUGCUUAUUAACCCAGCCGCAUUGUUACCUGGGGCUGUUCCAAAGCUGUCAGGAGCAAGAGCGCAAACAUCAGCACCAGAGGACAACUUGGCUUCAAAAAAUUUGGGUGGCACAAGCUUUGAGACCCCUGCACAAGUUGAUACUCUUCAUAAUGCGAAUAAGACUCGUGUGAAAGUUGGUGGUAAAAGAAGACCUCCUACACGAAUAGGCAGGAAGGUGGCAUCCCAAGAUUCCGGGGACAAUGAAGAUGCGUUGCCACCAAUAUCCCCUACAUCAGCUGCAAAGCCUGAAACUGGACCAGCGGAGUCAAACUGGAGAACAGAUCGAGAGGAAAUUUCUACCAUGAAGUUAUCCUUCUCCGAAAACGACAUACAGCCCAGAACACAUCGAAAAGCCGCUGUAAAUCCUCUGACUCCUGAUGUCAAUGAUUUCUUUGGGUCCGACCUCUUUGCAGAUAACUCAGUACCCAAGCCAGUUGCACCCAGACAACAGAAAGAAGAAUCGCCAGGUGGCGACUUUUCAGAAAAGCCUUUCUUGGAUCCGGGGAAGAAAUCUUCAGCUGUGCUGUUUGGUGGUGACGGUAGUGAUGAUGAUUUAUUUAAGUCCAGAAAAGACAAAGCUAAGAAGACACCCCAGCCCACCUCUCUGAUCGACAAGGAACCUGAAGAUGAUCUUUUUGGGUUUCAGAAACCUCCGAAGAAAGUAGAUACUCAGUCAGUUGUUCCAAAAGAGACUUCCGCAGCCAGCGACAUGUUUGAAGAUGAUAUAUUUGCAGCGGAAGCUAUCAAACCAGUAAAGAAAGCAAAAGAGAAAAAAGGGGCAUCUGAAGCCAGUCUCUUCGAUGAUAAUGCAGAUAUUUUUGCUGACUUCACACAAAAUCCUAAAGAGAAGAAGUCCAAAAAGAAGGCAGAACCUAAAUCCAUAUUUAAUGAUGACAUGGACGAUAUAUUUUCAGCGUCCGUGCCCAGUGUGAAGAAGACCAAGUCAAAAUCCAAGUCAUCUCAGCAGGGGUCUGAAACCAAGCCGGAUGCCAAGGUUUCCACAGCGUUUGACGAUCCCUUGAACGCUCUUGGGAAAUGAGAAGGAACGGCCAGCCUCUAGAGAAUAUAUUUGCACAAUUUCAUGUCGUUGGUUCAUAUUCAAGCCAUAGUAUCAGUAGUCAAAUAUUUUACUUACAAAUUAUAGGCUAAAGAAGGAAAGUUUUUUUUUUUAGAUUAUUUUUUUUUUUUAUGCACUUAAAUGUCUGUGCCAAACUUUCUUACCUGGAAGAGCUGAUCAUCUCAGAUGUGUAUAGAACAAGGGCCAGCGUGUUGGACUGGGCGGCCUCGUCCUGACCGUGGCAGGAGACAUUCCAUUACUCGUCAGCUCGUCUGUGGUUUUUUUUGUUGCACCGAAGCUGGGUGCAGUUUCCGUAUUUCUUGCGUAUUUUCAGAGCGAGAGGUCAGGGCUCUAUUCUUCAGACGCCUUUCUUUGUAGUUUGCACAGGAGGUAAAAAUAUAGCUAAACGUGGAUCAAGUUGAAAAGUGGACUGCGUCAAUAUCAUUAUCCAAGCAAGUGACAACCGUGUGCGUCUCUAUUCUCUUAGGCUCUGUUCACACUACCAUCAUGGUUUUUGUUUUAGUGGAAACCAUGACGAUCGUGCCAGAUCCAUCCUAUAACGGUUGCCAGUGGGGCCUGACUGGCUUCCUUGACUCAGUGGGGGUCUGUUUGAGUGUUCGCCCCUUAGUUCCUCCGGUCUAAUCUGACGGAACUGCUGUCGGAGGCUGUAGCGGUAGUGUGAAUUUAGCCUUGCAUAGGACUUCAUAGGCAAUUGUCAAAAAGGUUUUCCAUCCCUUUAUCAUUUCCAAACUGGGAUGAAAGAAGGUUCCAGCCGUCUCAUUAUAUUUAUUAUAUCCCAAUCUGCAUCCUGAAGGAUUUCACACGGAGUUGACAUCAUGUAUCCAUGAUGCAGUACAUUUAUAAAAUACCGUACAUACUGUAAAAUCUGUCUGAAUACAGUAAUUCUAUCCAGAUGUCUAACAAAUAAAACCUAAUUCUAUACCUA